CCUGUGUUUGCAAACUCAAGCAUCUCACCUUCUUUGUACACUUACUCUGUUUCAAAUUAUAUCUUAUGAUCUACCAUGGCACGUCCUUGUUUCUUUUUCCUGGAUAGUGUGUGAAGCUUUGUAUGUGAUUUUGAAACAGCUUGUACAUACAAUAUGGGAGAUGACGUCAACAGCGAAAGCACAAGUACCAUUGACGACGAUUGGGUAAAAGAGAGUGAUAUUUCUAUUUCGUCUAUCCCUACCGAAAACAAUAAAGGGAUGGUGUCUAAUUCUAGUGUUACGUCACUUGUUAGUGAUACAGAUAACAAAAGGAUGCUCUGGGUGCGCCUUCUUGGUGUACAAAAUCGUCCUAACCCACUUGAUGAUUGGGAUCAGCUGUACAAUCUGAAUAAUCAGGCAGGCCUUAGAAAUGAUUGCCGAAAACUAGCUAAGUUAUUGGAUAACAAAAAAUCUGUUCCUGAAUUGGAAUCCUUUAUGACACUUUACUGUAAGAAGAGGAAUGUGGAUUACAAAAAGGACAGCGGAUGGAUUGUUGUGUUAGAGAAGAUUCUGAAAUUCGAUUUGCCUCAGGAGCAUGUAUUCAAUGUGUUCUUUGCAUUUACCACCAAAUACAUUCCAAAGGAGACAAAAGAGAGUGCCCAAAUCUAUGAUUUAUUCCGUCUCUUGCUGCAAUAUCAUGAUCCCCAAAUAAGUUCUCACUUGGAUUCACUCAAACUCCCUCCGCAUACUUAUGCAAAUCAUUGGUUUUCUACUGUUCUUGCUGCAUGUGUAGAUGACGAAGUUUGUAAGACAUUGUGGGAGUUGUAUAUUGAAAAGGGUGACCCAUUUCUUAUUUUUUACAUGGCUCUUGUCCUUAUAAUUAAUGCUAGAGAUCAACUUCUUCUGUUUGGCUCAAACAAGAGAGACGAUGCUCUGUCACUGUUGAUGACUUUGCCAGAACAAUUGACAGCCAGCGAUGUGCCAGAUUUUGUACAGUUGUCUGCCUACUACGCAGACCGCACUCCUCAGUGUGUUCGUGAGGAUUUUCAUUACCUCAUAUUUGGUUCUAAUUAUGACGACGAGGCUGGCGAUUUGCAAGUCAGCAAAUUGCUUUGCUUACCUGUCACUGUUCAAGAAUUGAUCAAAAAGGACCGUGCUGCUGUCACCGCUUCAAAAAUCGCCUAUUUCGUGAUUGACUGCAGAUCUAAUGAAGCAUACAACUGCGGCCAUAUAUACGGAUCAUUCAGUCUCGAUUGUCAACUGCUUGUUGACGCUCCCAGUCAAUUCGAAAUUGCUUUGAAUUCAUUGGAAUCCUACAAGAACGCGCAGAAGUUUGAUGAGCAUAUCUGCUUUUUUGGAUACGGCGAUGAGGACCACGAUCAAUACAUGAACAUGGUUAUCGCGCGUUUUCUGCGGGACGGUAAGAGUCAUGUGACAUUUGCUCAAGGAGGCUAUCGUGGUCUCCAUAGUGCCCUGUGUGAUACAAAUCGACUACGUUUCAUCAACUCCCACGACGAAUCGAAAUGCAGCGAAUGUACGAACGGCAGUGGAGGGAGAAGCUGGAAAUUGGUUGGAAAAAUGAAAGAAGUAGUCAUCUCUAAGUCUACAGCUGUCAAAGAUAAGGUUAGCGAACUCGUGACCCAGGCAGCACCAUCGCAGACAGCUGGUAGUGAGGUGAAACACGUCUUAUCUUCUGACCGUUAUGGAAAGAGAUAUCGUAAUGAGCCGUCAGUCUUCUCGAUCGAUGAUGAUUCAAGCGACGAGAGUGCUGGGACGUUGUUCAACAAGGCGAGCAAAAGGGAAGAGCUCGUGCUUGCCGAUCAAGCAGAGUUCAUUGAACAUUUCCAAUGCCAUGAACUUGGAGAAAAUAAAGUCAUGAUACCUUCACACAUUGCCAUCACUCGAACUCACAUGCAUAUAUUGAGAGAUGUCGAUAAGAAGCCGGGCGUCGUUACAACCGAAGCUCGACACCCAUUAUCUUCGGUUUUGCGAGUCACGAGCAAGAAGAAAGUGCCCGAAUUGUUGACAUUCAAAUUUGGUUAUGAAGUCAACGGAGUGUCGAAGAUCACUUCCGUGCAUAGAUUCCUUGUACCAAAAGCCGGAGAGUGCGCGAAAGCUGUAAAGACAGCUAUUUUCGCUCUUCGUCCUCUGUCAGAUUCUGAAUCAACCGAAGUAGGCUUUGCUACAGGUUGAGGUGGUGGUUGAAUAUUAUUAUGUCUUGGACUUUUGUUGAUGUAUCUCAUCAAGGUAAUAAUUUGUUCUGAAGUUUUUUUUCCAGUCAUAUGAACUUCGCAGACAUUCUACGUGUUUUUGUCUAUUAUAAGAUGCAUUGUGCUUUAUCCGAGUGUUUGCUCGAUUUCUAUCAAUUUUUUGAAGCAUGCAAACCUAUGACCCUACAUUCCAGUCAUUAUUUAUGUGUUAGAUGUCGAAUUAUUGUCUGUGUUUCUUGUUGCUUUGUGUUAUCACAUUUACUGGCUUCUGGAGCAGAGCUAUAUGAAGGAAGUCUCAUGUAAAGCAAAUACAGUUGCAUUCGGAAUAUUACCGGGCAAUAAAAUGUUUCAGCAUUUGUUUGCUUGGAGGGAAGAAAAUCACUAAUUAUUUCAAAACGUUGACGACCGAGCCAUUUUUUCACCACAU